UGACGCUAGUCACGUGGUACACCCCAAACCGCCGUCGCGAGUCGACCCGGACAGUUCCUGCAGAACCUCCCUGUCUUACUGGACUCGUUUUGUCAAGAGCUUCCGUACGGUACCGGUUCAGGUGCGACUCAACAGGACGAUCAGAGUCUCAGUUCUAGUGACAGAUGGAAGACCGAGGGUCUGGACCUGAAUUGAUUCUGGUCUUUAGCGGGAAACGGAAGUCCGGGAAAGAUUUCAUAACGGAUCUGAUCCAGAACCGUCUGGGCUCAGAGGUCUGCUGCAUCCUGCGUCUGUCUGGACCUCUCAAGCAGCAGUAUGCUCAGGAACACAAUCUGGAUCUGGACCAACUGCUGGGUCCUGGUCCAUACAAGGAAUUGUACCGGGCUGACAUGAUCCGAUGGGGAGAGAACCGUCGGAACCAGGACUCUGGCUUCUUCUGUCGCCUGGCAACCAGUGGAGAUCAAAAACCUGUGUGGGUGGUGAGUGAUGCAAGGCGGCUCUCAGACCUACAGUGGUUCUGGUCCAAGUUUCCUCGUCAGACCCGCAACGUCAGAGUUCAGUGCUCAGAGGAAACCCGGGUGCAGAGGGGGUGGAGCUUCACACCAGGUGUGGACGAUGCAGAGUCGGAGUGCGGGCUGGACAGCGGCGUGGAGUUUGAUUGGAUCAUCACUAACGAGGCCGACGCUCCCUCUCUGGAGGAGCAGCUGCAGCCGAUCCUGAAAGCAGCGCAGGAAGCGGCUUCAUUGGUCAGAGCUGAUCCAUAGACUUAUUGGCCAAUCAGCUUCAUUUUUAAACAUAAUUGUUUUAGAACAAAAAUGAAUUCAACUGAUGAUUAAUGGCAUCAUCACUAGAAACAGUCUCAUCUGAGCAGGCGGGACCCCUACUGAGCAUGUGCAGAAUCUUAGUCUCAGUCAGUUAUUGAUCCUUUUACUUCACCUGGUGAGUGCAUACAGGUGUCCUCACCUGUCACCAUACCCUCACCUGCAUGCUGGGUACAAAUCUGCUGAAGCACCUCUAUGAUGUCAGAACUGGGUCCUGAUUGGCUGAGAGGGAUCAGCAGGUUAGUGUUGAAUUCAGACUCUGAAUGGGGGAAGGACAUAAUAAAAUCCAAACCAAGUUGAUGUUCAGACCACUGAAAGUUCAACCAUGAUCAAAUUGAGACUUAAAAUGUGAAUGAUUGAAGCAACCAAAAGACAUCCUCAAGUGAUAAAUUUUAAACAUUACCGUAGUAUGUUCUUAUGGGACCUGAAUAGCUGGAGGCCUCAUCUUUACACUACGAACGUCAGUCACAGACAGCCACCAGAGGGCGCUCGUGUACAUUGAUGAGGAUCUGAAGCCCUCCACACCUAAGCAGUGCAGUGAUGACAUACAGCAGUCUUGUUGGCUUUACUUUACGCUUGUGGAACCGUUUUCGGUUCCUGGGGAUCCCCGGCGGAGACGAAGAAACGCUGAAAGUGAAUGUUCAGUCAGGGAUGGAAAAUGUUUAACAGGAGGACCUGCCUGCAUGAAUGGAACAUAAAUAUCAUUUCAUUUAAAUCUGUCUCUAUGAUGCUUUCAGAUGAAAUCAGUUGUGAAUUGGUUCUAAUUAAAUAACUGAAAAAGUAAAUGUUGUAGUUUUCAUACAUUUGGAAAUAAAGCCUGUAGAGGGCGCUGUUUGAGGACCCUUUCAAUCUUAA